AGAGCUUAGCUUUAAAAUGCUAAAUAUUCCUUUUACAAUUGUAUAACCAUAGAUAAAUAUAUUGUGCUGAAAUCAAGAACGAAUGUGUAGUUGGGAACUACAUACAAUUAAGGAGAAUUUCAUUAAUAUUUAUGCGUAUGUUUUUAUAAACAAAGUAAUAGCAAUUUUCAUUAUUUGCCUUUCAUAAAUGUAAGUUUCUUAUCAUACAUGCCAACGAAUGCAAAGCCUGCAACACUAGUUAGGUUGAAUGUUACAUCUGUUUUUGUAUACAUGCAAUAUUUAUUUUUUCUCAAUAGAGAUUAGCUAUACAAUCUUUCAUUUUCUGAAUUAUUUCAGGUAUCGGUGAUAUGACAUUCAGUCUAGUGGCCUACGCUUUAUGUGCUAUAAGUAACGUCGCCCAGUCUCUUCAUCUGCUGUUUUUACAACGUGUAUCUAAAAAUGGACUUUCACCAAUUGAAUGUCUUCAUCUCAACAGCAUAAAUUCUUUACCGUUCUUCGCCAUAAAUGUUGUGCUGUUUGGUGAACUUGGUCCGAUACUUAACUUCCCGUAUUACACAGAUCCUACGUUCAUCGUGAUUUUUGUUAUGCAAAUUUGCUUAGGUUGUCUCCUGACAUAUCUAUUGAUUUUAUGCACCAGUAUGACGUCAGCUGUUACAACGACUGUGAUUGGAGGAUUGAAAGCACUCUUCCAAGUUGCCGUUGGGAUCAUAACACUUGGAGGGUUAAGCAAUAAUUUGACGACGUACGUAGGACUGUCAAUGAGUACAACAGGAGUGGUGACCUACUUAAUUUCUAAAAUAAGAGAGAAGAUGACAGCUAAAUCUGUAGAUUUGAAGCUAGUCACAGUAUCUACAGAAAAUGGAAAUGAAAUGAAGGAUGAAAAUGUCAAUACAGAAUGUGAUAGCCAAAAUGAAAAGGCUGAACUGAAGACCGUCAAAUUAGACAAUGUCUAAACGUAUUUAUACGUUUCUAAAGCGACACGCGUCAAGACAGACAGACAGA